AUGGACUUCGGUACUGAUGAGGGCCAGCACGGCCAUGGCGACGGAGGCGAUGCGGCGGAGUGGAAGAAGGUGGCGGAGCUGAGGGCCGUCGCCGAGGCCCAGGACCCCGCGGCCAAGGAGGAGGACGAUUUCGUGCUGCGCCGGUUCCUGUGUGCUCGGGACUACAACAUUGGCAAGGCGUCGACGAUGCUCCUCCAGUACCUCGCCUGGAAGCGUGUCACCAAGCCCCAUGGCUCCAUCUCCGGCGAGGAGGUGCGCGACGAGAUCGUAAAGAAGAGGGUCGACAUGCAGGGCUUCGAUCGUCUUGGUCGCCCCAUGGCAUAUAUCUAUGGCGCACGCCACUUUCCCGCCCGGCGAGACCUUGACGGAUUCAAGCGCUAUGUAGCCUAUGUCCUCGACAAAAUAUGCACCAGGUCCGAGGAUAACAGUCCCGAGGAGCCUGAAGUGGGCGUCCUGUGGAGCGAUCUGCACAAGCUCGGCAUCGGCCUCGCUGGUGCGGCUCUUGAGCCCGGAGUGCGAGCCGCAGAACAUAGCGGCUUACGACAGGCCCGAACACAAGCCUGCAUAGUGGUAGUAUACCUUGGAGGCGAGGUUCUUGAUGAUCUAUCCCAGGAGAUGGAGACACAUUUAUCAGCACUUGUCGAGUGA